GCAAUUUACUAUGAAAUUGGCUUCAUAAUCUCAGCUGCCCUGGGAAUCCUAUUUGUCCUGUUGCUUCCACUGAUUGGCCUCUGCUUCUGCCUGUGCCGAUGUUGCGACAAUUGUGGUGGGGAAAUGCACCAGAGACAGAAAAAGAAUGUCAAUUGUCGGAGGAAGUGCUUCUCCAGCCUCCUCUUGGUAACUACAUUGCUAAGCAGUAUUGGGGUGUUUUUUGCUUAUGCGGCUAACCAGCAUCUCACAAACCAAGUCCGAGGAGCCAGGGGACUCAUGUACAAUAAUUUCAGAGACCUUCAGAUGUUCAUGAAUGGAACUCCUGGGCAAAUUGAUUAUUUGGUGAAUCAGUAUAACACUACCAAGAAAAAAACACUUUCUGAUCUUAAUAAUGUUGAGACAUUGCUUGGCAAUCGAGUCUGGGAACAGCUGGGAAAGGAGGUAUACCCUGCUCUUGAUGCUGCCCUUACCAUGGCAGGAGCUAUUAGAGAGACAAAAGAGGCACUGGAGAAUGUGAGCGGAUGUCUGGAAAUGCUACAGGAGGGCACUGAGAAGCUGCACACCAGCCUGAUGGAUGUGAUGGAAGACUUGAUAGAUACUCUUAAUGAUUCAGCUUGCAUGUCUACCCAGGUUGCUUCAACUUGCAACCUUAUCAGAAAUUCUUUGAAUCAGCUGACCAUUAAUGCUAAUUACAGCAAGUUACCAGGAGUGAACCCUCAGCUUGCCAAAGUAAAUGAAGUCCUUAAAAUAGACCUUUCCAAUCUCAUUCAAAAGGGUUAUGCAGCAUUUAAUGAUACUCCUCAACUCGUACGGGAUCAAACAAAGAAUAUUUUAUCAGCUGUACCUCAUAUAAAAAAUAUCCUGGAAGAUGUUGGUUCAAACAUCACAGCCUUUACUAAAAAGCUUCCCAUUCAGAAGAUUCUAACAGAUUUCACAAUAUACCUCACUCAGAGUGAAGCUUAUGUUGAAAAUUAUUUUCCAUUAGUGGAGCAAUAUGAUUUCUACAGGUGGCUGGGCUGCUUAAUCCUAUGCUGCAUGGUGGUCCUGAUCCUGGUCUUUUUCUACCUGGGAUUAUUAUGUGGUAUGUGUGGCUAUGACAAAAAUGCAACACCGACAACCAGAGGAUGUGUCUCAAAUACUGGAGGAAAUUUCCUGAUGGCUGGAGUUACUUUCAGCUUCCUCUUCUCCUGGGUUCUGAUGCUGAUAGUGGUGGUCACUUUCAUUGCCGGUGGAAACAUGGAGAAGUUGAUAUGUGAAUCAUUUGAUGACAAGACUUUAUUCCAAAUUUUGGACACACCCUACUUGCUUAAUCGCCAGUGGAAACACUAUUUAUCUGGCAUCAUUCUGAAAAACCCAAAUAUUGACUUGACAUUUGAAAAAGUUUACAGUGAUUGCAAGGAAAAUAAAGGCAUUUAUACCACACUUCGCUUGGAAAAUCUCUUCAAUAUCCAUAAAAUCCUAAACAUCAGCAUGUAUGCAGAAGAUGUGUCACUUAAAAUCAAGCAUAUCAAUAUAAAUUUAAGCAAUAUAGUUUUACUGAGCAAUACUGGGAAAGAGAACCUGUUGAAUUUUGGUUCUUCUGGAAUAAAUGAAAUCAACUUUGCAGCAUACCUGUCAGAGAUUAACAAGAGCAUCACCAAAAUUGAUUUAUUGUUAUAUGCUAAUGAUUUGGAAGCAAGAGCAGAUCAGCUGCCCAAAGGAGCAUUAGAAAACGCUUUGAAAGGACAUGCAAAUACUAUUCGGCUGAUACAUAACCAGCAAGUUGUUCCUUUGGAACAAGGAAUGAAAUAUGUUAGAGCUAGG